AUGCCGGCGCUCCGGCUGCUCGGGCGCAAAUGGCUGGCAGCCUCAGACGAUCUCGUAUUUCCAAGUAUCUUCGAGCUCCUGUUCCGAUUUGUUUGGCUGGUGCUUAUUGCCUUGGUUGUAGAAGUCCUAUACCCAAUAACAUGGCAGUGUCAAACCGAGGGAUGGGAUGGCGGCGCAUUUGUCAGACUCUACCUCUGCGGUACGCUGGCUCUACAAGCGGUGUUGAUGCUGCUGUUGGCAGCUCUAGCACAGCAAUCCGCCAAAGGCACCAUAACAGAUGUCGAUGCAAGAAAGAUGGUCGCACCUUUGUUGGUUUUAAAAGUUUUAUUGGUGUUGCCAGAAUUAGCUUUAAAUGUAAUGGGAACAAUGUGGAUGUUCUGCGAAGUUAUCGAAUGUUCAGUGACAGAUAAGUUUUCUAGUAUCGUUAUACAAAGUAUAGUCCUUUUCAAUUGGGUCCAAUUAGCGCUUACAGUUUUCGGCCUUUUUAUGGUGUUCGACCCACUGGGUUCAGUGAAUUAUGAUGAUAUGCAAGACACACCAAAUCAAGCGCGGCACCAUAGAAAAGUAACUGGACUCUGGUCUAGAAGGUUUCGCUGGGCUUUCUGCUGGCUGAAGAGAGACGAGCAUGGAAAAGAAGCUUUUCAACAAGUAGCAGCUUUGCUGAGCGCUCUAUUCAGAUCGACCGACCUUGUGCCGUCAGACGUUGUUGCUGGUUGCGUACUUUUAAGAGUACGACAGAAGCGAGAAACGAGGGAGAUGCGACGCAUACAGAUGUUAAAUGACGAGGAGCCCAUAUAUACUACGGAUGUAAACAAAAUAUUCUCAGAGACCCCUCCGUGGAUGAACUUAGAGGACGCAUUGCACUAUCUGAGGCUAUCGAUAGCGGCGUACGGCUGGCCCUAUGUGUUGUACCGGCACUGUUUUACCGGAUUUUGUAAACUUGCCAAACAUUUGACUUGUUGUUGUUGUCGGCCGAAGAACUCAAUAGUAACGGACGAUAACUGCUGCUUGUGCCACUUCGCCGGCGUCAAGUACAUGUCAAAGCUCUCCGCGGACGAUAUUAUCUUUGCCUCUUUCAACAAUCGCGUCUUUGAACUUCCAUUCUGCGUCAUAGCGGAUCAUGAUCGCGAAAGCAUUGUAGUAGCGGUGCGGGGUUCUAUUUCCCUCAGAGAUAUCUUCACUGACUUCACAGCUGGUUCGGAGAAAUUUGAGGCUGAUGGGUUGCCGGAAGACACGGCGGCGCACAAAGGCAUGUCGAUGGGUGCGGCUAAAAUGCUGAGACGUCUGCUGCCCGUACUGGACCGUGCAUUUCAACAAUUCCCACAUUAUGACCUUGUGCUUACAGGUCACAGUCUUGGAGCUGGCGUAGCAGUAUUAGUAGCAUUAAAACUAAGGCCAAGAUAUCCCCAUCUUAAAGUAUUUGCAUUUUCAACUCCAGCGGGCCUGAUAAGUCGUGAAGCAGCACGGUACACGGAGAGUUUUGUCCUCACUAUCGGAGUUGGCGAUGAUCUGGUGAUGCGCCUGAGUGUGCACAGCAUAGAGAACCUACGCACCAAAGUCAUUCAGACCAUCCACGCUACAAAACUACCUAAGUACCGGAUAAUGUUGAACGGUUUCGGCUACGCUUUAUUCGGCGUACCGGCGAGAGAUUUGGAGUCAACAUGGCGGCGGCCCGAGGAGCUGGAAGCGAAUCACUCGGAUGACUCAGACUCGCUGCUUGUGCAGGGCGUCUCCACCGUGAGUGCUGAGGCAGCGUUAGUGUCACGGAAUGUGUUCGCGCGGCGGUUUUCAACAGCGCGCCUUUUUACAGCCGGCCGAAUCCUACAUAUCGUGCGACGAAAGCGCAUGGGCAUUGAAAAGAAAGUGCGCACACAGGAGCCGACGUACGAAAUGAGAUGGGCGUGUCCCGAGGACUUCAUGGAAUUGCAAGUGAUGCCGCGAAUGUUAUUAGAUCAUUUACCUGAGAACGUACACCGUACCAUGCAGACAAUUAUUGACGAGAAACAUACAUAUCGAGUCACUCAUGUCGUUUAG